CUCUUAAUCCCACACAUGACAGAAUUUGAUCCCGAUUUCAAAGUUGACAAUGGAGCCCUCGCUCUUUUCAGCCAGUAUCUUGGAAUAAACGACGUUGAUCAGAUCCGUCGUCAUAUCCUGGAGACAACUAAAAAGCUUAAAACUAGUGAAAGGACAUACAGGUGUCUGCGUGAAUACAAGUUCACCGCACCACGACUGGCACCACGUUUCUACUACCAAGACAUUUUGGAAGACCGUCAAAAGAGAGCACAAAAUGGCGAAAACCCAACCCUUAUGGACAUAGGAUGCUGUCUAGGCACUGACAUCCGUCAACUGAUACUGGACGGGUACCCUGGAACAUCUAUUGUUGGAGUUGAUCUCUACCGCCAUUUUAUUGAUAUUGGAUAUGAUCUGUUUAAAGACAAAGAUACGUUGGACGUUAAAUUUAUAUCUGGCAACAUCUUUGACGAUCAUUUCCUGUCACCUUCCGAUGACAUCGAAACCGCACCACUUGACCAAUAUAAGCACCAAAUCACCUACCUCAAUGCAGGAAGUGUACUUCAUUUGUUUGAUGGUGAGCAAAUUAGAAACUUCAUCCGUCGCGCUGCGCUACUGAUGAAACCAGGCGGCUGGUUCGUUGGUGCUCAUGUUGGUGGCAAUCGUACCGCUCAAUACCAGCGCUUACUUCAGGGCGACAUCAAGCAUUUUGAAAGUGCCGAUGAUCUUACGACUGUGUUGGAGGACGCGGGAUUUACACAUAUUGACAUGAGGGCAACGCAAAGACUGGACGAAAGCAGAACUGAUGAAGGCUUUGUUGCUCUCUGGCUGACAUUUAAAGCUGUGUACCGACCUAGUAAUAAUUAGGCUCUUUGUAUUUGAAAACCUGAUGAAUGUGAUCUACUUAUUAUAUCUUCCAUACCUUAUAUUAUUUAUGAAAUAAAGAUUGCUUCAUAAUAUUUUGAAGUUU